CUGGGCUGCCGGGCAGCAUGGUAGGCUAAUAAUCGUUUUAUAUAAGCGCUGGUUGUAAACUUGUAAUAAUAGACUGGGCCCUUUUUGGACUUGCGUAGCUAUAGGCCCAGAGCAGUUGAGCUGAUCAAGCUCUACUCUACUCCUCCCUGACGACUACUGAAUUCAUGACGCCUACGGAAAACGGCAGUUCUUCCUCAUGUAUCAAAGGAAAAGGAAAGGCCAAGCAUCCUGAACCUUCAGAGCGAACACCUCUACUACUACAUCACAGUGAUGCUGCUCCGAGUCCCAGUCAACCACGUGUUGUACACGAUGAAGACGUCGACCUCGAAAGUAGCUCGGACGCUCGGCGAAGGCUUUUGUCCAAGCUUACAUUUGUUUUCCUGAUAUCUCUGUCUUCCUGCAUCUUAAUAUUUUUGCUGCUUGCUCUGUUGGCAUACUCUUAUGCCGCCAGGUUGUCGGACGUGUCCCCAGAAGACAUCUUAGAGAAUGCGCUGGUGAUACAAGGGCCGUAUCGGGUGAGCGUACUCAAUGUUACAGCAGACGGCGGGACAUGGAUACAAGUACGAGCAAGAGCUGGGAUUAAUGCGGGAUCAAUCAUGGGAGUCGAUACGGAUGGUGACGAAGGAACAUUCUACGACAUGUGGAAGUCGUUUGGUCGAUGGGGCGUCAAUAUUCUAGAUAGAGUCACAGUGGAUGUGUCCACCACUCAAAUCUUUUCUCAGCGACAGGCGCUUUUAGCCACGCUCGAUUCCCCACCAUUUGAACUUCCUCUCACCGCCAAUCCCCCAUAUGACGAUUCGUGGUUAUCCCCGUUGUCUUUGACUCUUUUUGUCGUCCCCACGCAGAACGCGUCCGAUAUAAACCAGUUCGUGCACGACUCCUGGCAUUUGGGUGCUGCGUCUGUACAUGCCUCUAUUCCUAGCGUGAUCAUCUCUGGGGGCUCCACGGACAAAGGCGGUUGGAGGCAAAUUCUAAAGCUCCAGAGAUCAAGUAUACAAACUCAGUUAUCUAUGAAACUUCCGCCAAUCCCUGGCUUGCCUACCCCGGGCAAGGACGUACCCCUACCAUCCAUUUCGCAGCUGAUCACGUUGCAGUCUUUCGGCGUGGAGUCUGAAGCUAAAGACGUAACUGUACAUGCCCUUGCAACUGUCGUCAAUCCCGUGCCACCUAUAAUAAACCUAACUGCACCCUCACUUCCGUUCAUAAUUUCGCUCCCCAGUGAAAAUCAUUCAUUAGUACCGAUGGUAUCGGUCCACACCGACCCGUUCAUGCUAACCCACCCCAACAUCACGCUUACUAUCUCUGGAAGCGUCCUACCCCUCCCCCCUCAUCAUUCCGCACCCAUUUCUGCUUUCAUUAGUAGAUUCCUCUCCCUCGAACCUAACCCCGUAUCUGUCGCAUGUCCACUAUUCCCAUCUUUUGCGCUGGACAUGGAAUUUCCGGCCCCCAGUUCCAAACCACAAAUACUGCGCAAUGUGACAAUUCACGAUAUGAAGAUCAAACCCAACUCUGCUAGCACCGGUUUUCUUGCGAGUGGUUCGGUGUUCGCUCGCAUAGUACUUCCUAAAGGAAUGGACCUUACGCUAGAUGUUACCCGCGUAUUUCCUGAUGUUCUGGUCUUCGACGGGGAAGCACACGAAUUGCCUACACUUCUUUUACCCCAACAGAAAGACAAAGAAGAAUUACCGGAUCCACUUCCAGAACGCGCAUUUGGUCAUAUACGACCUGAAGAUUGGUUGGAAGCGACAAGCGUUCAAGUCGACGCCGAAGGAGAAGGCUCCAUAUUUGCAGUCACCGCAGAUAUGGUCGAUGUCCCGUUAGAGGUGCUUCCUGGUAGGCAGAAACAAUUCAGUAAUUUCAUUAGCAAGGUUGUAUUUGGUACCCAUGGUGCACUAGCUGGCUUACAGGGAACUACUGAUGUUGGGGUGCACAUCCUCGGAUUACCGUUUCGUGAUCACGAUGACACAGCCACAGGAAUGGACCUUUUGGGUCUACCCUUCCGAGGGAGCGUACGCAUUGGAAUGAAAGAUCUGCUGGUAUGACGCUCGCUUGAUCUUUUCUCUGAAGGCCUACAUGUAAUUUAUUUGCCUGUAUCAUCAUUCAUCGAACCCAUCCACGACCACUAAGCCCAUUUCAAUAUUCAUUGUUGACAUAGCUUUUAGUUCACUACGUUACACUGAAUCUAGUUUUUAUAGCCUAAUGAUACCACUGGGCACAUAUUGAACUUUAGGGAUGGUGCCACCUAUAUAUUUGUGCUUGAAGUUACACAGAACAGUCUAGUGAUUGAUAGUUCA